GAGGAGGCGCGGCAGCUCUCGCAGUACCUCCUGUCGCGUUUGAUGCCAUACGACCUCACGUAUCACGUGCUAGAACUUGCCCAGCCGGCACAUCCUUGCUCUGGUCAGAUAGCUGCAGGUCUGGAUAGUGCUACCGUGCAAUCGCUUCGAUCCGUCUUGCUCGAAAAUGAGGCCUUGGCCACCUUUAGAAUCGCCGGUUUGGGCGAUUUAAGGCGCGUGGCAAUGUUAGGCAGAGAGAACGAGCUCGCUGCGCAGCGCGUGAUUCGUUUGUUGUUGGCGGAGCCCUCGAUGCUCUACAAGCAUCUCGACACAAUGGUGGCAGUGCUCAUGGUAGUGCCUCAGCACUGCAGUGCCUGCAGCGCCUCGACAGUAAUCCGCGGAGAACGGGGUCUGGGGAUGUCUGACGAUGCCCUUCUCUCAUCUCCAAAUCUAAGGCCCCCCGAGCCCUCCUCCCCGACAACGGUGAAGCUCUUGCCUUGUGGUGAGAGGGGGCUGGAGAGUGCAUGUAGUGACGGGCGCGGGCUGUUGCCGCCCUCCCCGUGUGUGGGGGGGGCCCCCGCACGCCACGGAUGUGAAUGCGACGCUCAGCUUGGUUGCACUGGUCAUGGCUUUUUUCCUGAGAAGAGCGUGCACCUCUUGAUCGAGAUUUCAGGAGAGGGGUCGGGACUGGACAUCCGCAGCUUCCCCAAACAAAUCGUGCAGCUUAUUUCAUCGGAAGAAGGAGACGCUGCAGAUAAGCUGAAUGCCCACUACUCUCCAGAGGAAUACAGCCCACAAGACUCCAUUAUUCUAAACUCGUCCAGCGGGGAGAUACCCUUCCCAACUCGGAAGUAUAUCGACGCAAGCCGGAUCAUUCUGCAAGGGACGUGCCGCCGUGUCGUGUCCCCUACUGGCACUUCAACGCUGCUCAAGACGCGAGAAUUUGGUCGUCAUCUGACUCCUCACCAGCGACGCUCUGUUGAAAUGCAGUUACCAGAAAGCCGCAUUCUCGUACACAUAGAGAUCCUGGGGGUCCCCCGCCUUGAAGAUAUGGCCGAGCCCUCCACCUCUUUGUAUGCUGCCCCCCUCCAUGCGGCCCUCACCUCACCCCUGGCUCCACCAUCCCCAGCAGACGCGGCUCGCUACCCCGCCUCGUACUUCACUGGACCCCAGUUCCUAAGCGAACACAGAGAGACUGAACCCUACUCGGCGUUAGAAGCAGCCACGGUUAUCUGCCAGCGAAUAUCUGAUCAGCUUCGGCAUGUCUGGGGAAAUGCUCGCGUCGUUUUGUGGGAGAUUGACGACUACGCUCCUGAAGUACUCACAAAGGGAGCUAUUAACGAUGAUGGGCAGCCGGGCAAGACCGACUACCAAACGUGGAAGAUCUUAGUUGCCGUGCUUGUGCCCUCCUUUGUGGUUGGUGCCCUUGUUGUGGCCUCUUGGCACUCAACGAGUAUUUGUAAGUGUGGCGCCUCUGCACCAGAAUGCGCAUCAACGCCAGCAGCAACCCCCGUGUCCGACUCAAUUCCACCUGGUGCCCCUGGUGCUUCUUCUGCGCCUGGCUCUGCGGGAGCAGAGACUGCAACACCGGCCGCUGAGUCACGUGGCGACCACACAACAACGCGGGGGCAGGCAGCCUCGAUACUCGGUGACCCUUAA